UUGCUAAUGUCUUAUUUUUAUGUUUGCAGUGCCAUCCAGCUGUUCUACACAGUGCGAAACAUGUUUGAGAUAUUUUGUGAUGUCGUACCCACAUACCACAGAGAUAGUCUGCAAAAGCUACCCCAGGUGUGCGCUCUCCACCUCAACAACUGCUUGUACAUCGCCCAUCACCUGCUGACUCUAGGCCAUCAGUAUCGUCAAUCCUUACCCCCGCCCCUCUGUGACGGCACAUCCACAUUUGUCGACCUCAUCCCUGUCUUCAGGAAGCUGACAUCCGAAUGUUUCUUGGCUCAAAUGAGAAUUCAGCGAGAUCAAUUAGUGGAGGAUCUGUCUGGUGCUGAGGGCUUUGACCAAGUAGCCACUGACGACAACUUCUUGGUAUGUGAGAGGGCCAUUAAACAAGACAUCUCAGCUGAUGAUGCGCAGCAGUUACAUUUGUUACUCUCGGGACUGCAAGACAGAAUUCCACACUUGAUCAAACUAGGAGAAGAUGAGGAACCAGUUUUGAUGCAGAGUACCGUUGAUCAGUGGACGUCAUUCAGCGAGUUGCUGUUUUUGUUAGACGCCAGCAUGCAAGAUAUUGUUGACAGGUGGGCAGAGGGCAAGGGACCACUCGCUAUGGUGUUCAGCGCCAGUGAUGUGAAGAGCCUGAUACGGGCCAUCUUCCAGAACACCGACAGACGAGCCACAUCGCUCGCCAAAAUCAGAUAGGACCAGCCGGGAAACGGACGUUUGUUACAGCCAAAUCAUCCCGCGUCAACUUAUGCCUAUCCACACCCUACAGUUGUAUGUACAGCAUAUUAAAGGCACAUUACAGCCUGGAAUACGCCAAAUUGGGCUACAAAACAAUAUAAAAUGGAAAGAGCAUUUAAAGUGGAUUAUAAACAUCCACACAAACAUCCUU